AUGGCUCCUCUUACAUUUACCCUCAUCUUUACUCUCCUUAUACGAUACAGCACUGGCUUGCAGGUUACGCCAAAUUCGCCAUGUGCCUCGCUUUGUGUUGACUCUGCCGGCCUCGACUUUUCCGAUCCUAACUCAUCAAACACUGGUAAUUCGGAUAUUUCAUGUUAUGAUACAGAAUAUUCUACGUCGCCUGCAGGCAAAAAGUUCCAAAAAUGCAUGAGCUGCCUUCAAGAUAGCAACUUUGCUCAAGGGGAUGAAAGUGACCAGCUUUGGUUCUUAUACAACCUCAGAUAUACGUUUGACUAUUGCAUUUUCGGGUUUCCUAAUGCCACGGGAGUAGCAUCCACCCCAUGUGCGACAUCUACUGCUUGUGGGGGGCUUAAAGAGGCUUUGAUAGACGGCAAUCUUGAUCCUAAGGAAAACAGUUAUUCGUAUUGCGCCUCGGAUGGCAUGCUCGACGCCGCAGUCUCGGAGUGCAAGGCUUGCGUGAGCGUUUCCGAUGAUCAAGACUACUUAGCCAACUUCCUCAUAGCUCUUGACGCAGGGUGCCAACAGCGGCCACCCACUGGAACGUUAAUUGGUCUGAAUGAUACAAUCUUCACCAAAACUACGAUCAGUUCUGUCGAUCCUUCUAUCGAAAAACCCGACGAUGGGAAGCAAUCUACCCUAUCCGUAACUCAGAUAGUGGGGAUUGCAGUUGGAGCUGUUGUCAUUAUUUUAGCCAUAGCUGGCUUUUUAUUCGUACGCUGCCGUAGACGUCGGAACCGCCGUCUUCUCCUUGGAGACGUCAAAGCAUCGGCGAUGGCACAGAAGAGGAACCGCCAUCGUACUGUUUCUACGCUCUCAUUUCGGUGCCAAACACACCUAACUCCUAGGUCGCCGGCCUUCUUCCCAAAUCCGUCUGACGGUAUCAUUGAAGAGGAAAACCCUUACGCAGGCCCAUUCUCUGCCCUUGCCUCUAACCCUAUUUACCCGGAGCCACCAAGACAGACUUUGAACGACUACAUGGGUCUCAACUCCUUCUCCAGGUCAGAUAAUGAGGUCAUACCACACAACAUUGCUACGGCUAUCCCCGCGAUCCCAAAUAAUGUACACUACUCAACUUCGCCUAAGGCCGCAUUCUUUUCCCCAACCGAUGAGCCUGCUAGCACUACUAGCACCAAGAGCACAGCACAACUUCUACCUCUAAGGCAGUAUAACCCUGCCGAGUACUCAGAUAGCUCACCACAAGUGGGCACCAACCCUAACACCGUAUUCAGUAGCCCAAUAUCUGGCUCUACUGCUAGCCCACUCAUAAGCCGUGCCUGGGAGCGGGGUACACCAACAUGGGAUAUGCCACCUCGCAGUUCCAGCCGACCGACAGGAGGCGGAGCCUGGGAAAGGGUAGCUAGCGGUAUCGCGGCGAAGAAUCGGAGGACUAGUAAUACAGGAAGUCCUGUAGAGACUAAGCAUAUUAAUUUUAACUUCCCUCCUCCGCCGACAGGGCGGUAA